AUGGAAUGGUGUAUUGAGAAAACAAGAAAUAUAAUUGCUAUUCUUACAAAAAUUAAAAAUGAUAAUAAGACAUUAUAUCAUAAUCUUGACUCAAAAGGUAAAAUUUUGAUUUAUAUUCCAAUAAUUCUUGUUAUAGGAAUGAUUAUAUUUAGUCCUAUAAUUAAUAGAAUAGAUAAAAGUAUUAUUAAUCAACAAGAAAAUUCAACACUUAAACCAUAUUUAAUUGAACGUGAUAAAAUAAUAGUAUUUAAUAUUAUUCUUCUCAGUACUUGUUUUGUUAUUGUCAAUUAUUAUUCUAUUCUUCACCAAAUAAGUAUUGGAUUUAUGUUAAAUUGGCAAAUCAUUGGAGUGGAAUUAGUGUUAAUGUCUUUGAAAAUGAAAAGAUUAACAUUAAAUAUUGAUAUAUUUAUCAUUACAUUUAUUGCCACUUUAUUUGCUUUAAAUAUUGCUCUUAGAAAAUAUUUUAUAGAACAAUCAAUUAUUAUUUAUUCUCCAUUUCAGACAACCUUUGAAAAUAUUCAUUUAACUCAACAAUCUUAUCUAUUGUUUUCAUUUUUCCAUUACACACUUUCAUUAGUUCUAUUAAACUUUGUUCAUCUUCCAAAUAUCUUUUUAUCAAUUAUUAUUAAGUUAGGAAUUAUAGGAAUAUUAGUCAUCUCUUCAUAUAAAUUUAACAAAUAUUCAUUGUAUUUGAUUAGUUCCAGUGUUUUGGUCAUUAUUGGAAUGUCAUAUAUCACAAACCCAUGGACCAUCACAUUGCCUUCUUUCUUGAUUAUUUGUUUUUAUGUUUAUCUUUCAUUUGUUAUUGAUAAACAUAUUGUUAAUGUGAUUAAUAACAUCCAAACAUUAUCUGUUCAAGCUUUUCAUGAAUCUACAUUAGCUCCAUUCUGUGACAAUGACAACGAAAUCUUUAUUCAAAUCAAAACAGAGUCAUAA